AUGGAUACAACUGUUGGUGGUUCAGUUAAUUCUGGUUUUGUUGGUAUUAAAUUUUGUCAAGAAUGUAAUAAUAUGUUAUAUCCAAAAGAAGAUAAAGAAAAUCGAAUUUUACUUUAUGCAUGCCGUCGUUGUCAGCAUCAACAGGCAGCAGACAAUCCUUGUAUUUAUGUCAAUAAGAUUACACAUGAAAUAGAUGAAUUAACACAAAUUGUUACCGAUGUAAUUUCGGAUCCAACAUUACCACGUACUGCUGAUCAUCCUUGUCCAAAAUGUCGAGCUAAUGAUGCUGUUUUUUUUCAAGCACAAUCAGCACGAAGCGAAGAUCGUAUGACACUUUAUUAUGUAUGUCGAAAUCAACAUUGUCUUCAUCGAUGGACUGAAUAA